AUGUUGAUGAAGAGAGAUUCUCGUUUAAAUAACAGACAGCAACUAAACAAUGAUGCAUUGAAACGUCAAUGGUUCAAUGGACGAGAAUACAAUGAUUUAACGUCCGAUUGGCCUAGAUCGUCGAAAACAAGUGGCAGCAGCAGUAGUGCGUCAAGUGAAUGCAGCAAAUCAACAAAAACUCGACGUCAUUGGAAUUUGGAAAAAAAUCUUCGAAACGUUCUUCGAUACCCACUGAGAGAAGGAUUCGAAGGUAUCAGCUAUACACGCCCAAUUCCAAGUGAUACAUGCGGGCGACAACACAUUUCGCCGAAGUUCUCAGAACGUAUUCUUGGUGGAUUUGAAGCAGUGGCUCACUCGUGGCCAUGGCAAGUUUUAUAUGAACAAAGUGGAACUUGUGGAGGUACUUUGAUAGAUGAAAAUUAUGUUCUAACAGCUGCUCAUUGUAUCAGUACGAAAGAUCCGUCCUUGAUCACUAUCAUGGCUGGUAUUCAUAAUAGAGAUUUAGGAGACGUAGACGAAAGUUCACGACAAAAACUGCAGGUUACUAAAAUUUUCGUACAUCCUGAUUGGAAUGCAGACACAGUUAUCAAUGAUAUAGCUCUUCUUCGACUAGCUGAACCGGCGAAUUUCAAUGAAUAUGUGCAGCCAGCUUGCUUGCCUGGCCCUGAUCCUAAACCAGAUUCUGAGGUGGUGCUAAUCGGUUGGGGAGCGGUAGAGACAGGCGGAGGGACUCAUCAUGUAUUGAAACAAACACAAGUUCGUGUCAUUGAAAACUGCGAACAUUUCUGGACAGAUAUCAACAAAGAGAAACAAAUUUGCGUUAGAGACCCGUCACUGAAUUCAGUUGUAUGCAAUGGUGAUAGUGGUGGUCCUUUACUACAAGAACAUAGUGGUCAAUGGGUCGUUGAGGGUGUUACUAGUUUUGGAGAGAGAGAGUGUGAAAUGGUUAAUCACAAUAUGCCGAAUGUCUAUACUCGUGUAUCGGCUUAUUUACCUUGGAUCAACGGAAUCACUCAGGUCAUUAUCGAUCAGUCGGAUCUUGUCGGACGGGUUAUGUUUCCGAUGCCACAUGGUGACCGGAUUCAAUCGGUUAAUUUCUGGUGA